AUGGUGGAGAUAGUUUGUAGUGGUGGUGGUGAUGGAAUUAACUAUAAUGGUGAUAGUCGUGGUGGAGAUGGAGGUGUCGACGACUAUAGAGACGGUGGUGGUGGGUACGAAGGCGACGGCUACAAAGACGGUGGUGGUGGUGGUGGGGACGAAGGCGACGGCUACAGAGACGAUGGUGGUGGUGACAAUGGAUAUAAUCAUCAUGAUGGAAGAGCUAAGCUAAGUGUGACGAUAGGAAUGGUGGUUGACAAUGGUAGUGGUGGUGACAAAGGUGGUAGUGGUGAUGACUGGUGA